AGAAGACGGUCGCCAUUUUGUAAGGGGUUUGAUCGUUGCUGUCCGCCAGGGAGCAGUGAAUAUAAAUCGAAGAGAUCCGUGUGUAUGUUUUACGUUGGCUUGAAAUCUAGUCAAACGUACGUAGUGUUACGUUUUCGUUUACCGAUGGUGAUCUAGCGGUGAUAAGAAAAAAAAAACAAACUCCGGGCGAUAGAUAACGUACGAGCGUAUCUCUACCGUGGGAAGAGACGAACGAGAAGCAAGCGUAGUGAGAGUUUAAACGUCGAAGGUGAGAGAUAGAGAGGCGCAAACCCGAGGCGCUCCCCGGAUUUCCAACUAUACGUAUCGUACCUAACAGGCGUGUGCAGAAAAACUCAUUGCUAACGACUACGAGAAGAAGGAAACCCACGGACAUGGAGAUGGAAAGACAGGCUGGUUUUCUGCUCGCUUUGCUAUUUUUAGCCAAUUUUCUGACGAUCGGAGCAGACAGCUCAGGCCGUAUCCAGUACAUCGGUUACUCAAACGCCCUUCUUAAUACCACGCCGUGGAAGAUCACGUGCUUGGGACUGACGUCGUCGGACGCUGUGGCAUGGACGCGAAACGGAGAGUCGAUACAACAAGAAAUCGAUGAAAAAGAGAUAACGCAAGAGGAUUCACCCACCAACUCAACCAUCAGCGCCAGUUUGGCCAAACUUAAACACGGUGGACAGUACAAGUGUACCAAGAACUCAACAUUCUCGCACACACUCACGGUGCAUAGUGAGGCAAACGGGGGUGCAUCAACGCAAACCACGCAGUUGGAUUCGAGUCUAACGUCGAAAGUUGCAUCGGCGUCGAAUCAAAAUGAGCUGAUUUACGCGUAUACUGAAAAAAAUCUCAUUUUACCGUGUAACUUAACUACGGUUACUACCGGUAGCAUUACGUGGACGCACAACAACGCAACGUUGAAAGAAACGGACACGCUGAAACUUUCCAAGGAUAGAACGCAGCUCAACAUCACCAAAGGACUCGAGGAUUACAUGGGAAAUUAUACCUGCAGUGCUGGUAGCGGGAUGCCAACGCGAUUUAUGAAAGUUGUCCCUUAUCCGAUAGUGAAAUUACCGUCUCUGGAUACGAACGUCGUCGAGGGUGAAAAGCUGCGUUUGACUUGCGAAGUGACGCCGGGUCUCGGUGCCGAAAUCGAGUGGAUCUUCGACAAUGUCACAUACACCAAGGGCACGGAACGCAUCAACAUAACAACCGAAGAAAAGUUGUCGACCCUAACCGUAUACGACAUCCGGCAGGAGGAUCGCGGCAACGUGACUUGCAAGGUUGUCUUUACCAGGACCGUAGACCAGUUCGCAUCCAGCUAUACGACCCUGCUCAGAGUCACGAACAAGUUUGCAGCCCUUUGGCCCUUCCUCGGUAUCUGCGCCGAGGUCAUCGUACUCUGUGCCAUCAUCCUCGUCUACGAGAAGAAGCGCAACAAGGCCGAACUCGAAGAGUCCGACACUGACCAGAGUCCAGACACCAAACCGACGCCGAACAAAGAUUCCGAAGUCAGGCAGCGAAAGUGAAUGAAAUUUUGAAUGGAAAAUAUUUCACAAAGAACAAAUGGAAGGGGAAGGAUAAUUAAGGGAUAACAAAUAAUAAGAACAAAAGAAAAGAUGCGCGAGGAUGAAUGUAAUCGAAAAUUGAUAAAUGAUGGAAACGAAGAAUUUAGUCGGUUGGAAAAGAGAGAGAGAAAAAAAUCAAUAAAUAAAAAUUACGAAAUACUACCGAAAGGAAAAAAGGCACGUGCAAGAAGAUGGGAUGAUUCGAGAAAUAAAGAAAAAUUUUACGAGAUGCCGGAAGAAAAAUCAGCAAAUCCUUACCAUUUGUUGUAUUUAUUUCAAGUUUUUUUUUUUUUUUCUUUGCAUCUUUUUUUUCUUUUCAAUUACUCAUAAAUUAUGGUAUCUCAUUUUACCUUUAUCGUCAUUCGUUACCGGUAUUGGUAUAUGCGUUAUUUCAUAUACGCUUUGAUAGCUCUUCACUUGUUAUUAUUAUACUGUAAAAUAUGUAUAACUUGAAAAAACUAAGAAAUUUUGUUUAUCUUGUUUGAAUCGCUUUGAAAUUCUGCAUAGCGAGAAGAAAUUUCAACCAAACGUUGGAAUUAAAAAGUGAUUCACAGCGAGUCUACAAAAAUGUUUAACGAGACGGUCGUUUUUUGAUCAUUUCGAAGUUAAAAAAAAAAAAAAAUAAAACAAAAAAAAAAAAAUUGGAACCGCGUGUAAAUUCUUCCUAAAAUUCCUCAAUUUUCGUAUCAUCUGCGUAUUAUAAUUUCGUACAUUGCUGUUUAAAAAUUAAUUACGUAUAAUCACUCUUUGAUGACCAAUCAAGUUUUUUAUAAAAAAGAAAAAAAAAAAAAUUAGACACGGCAAUCGGUAAUAUUUCAAAGAUAUUUUUAUCAUCGGGAUAAAUUUAAUUCUGUUGCGUAAUUGAAACGAAAUUACGAACCGUCGAGUAACGGAGGCCUGCAAACAUCAUCAGGGUCAUCAUCUCAGCGUUUCCCUAAUUCGGACAAAUCUUAUUUGAAAGAAGAAAACGAUAAGAACAACUUUUGAUCGUAUUUGCGGAAUUGGAAAAAAAAAAAAAGGAUUCAACGAAGAAGCAAAAAUGAUCCAAAUUACUAGCUACGUGUAUAAAUUAGAGAAAGAGGAAGAAGAGGAGGACAACUAAGCAGCAACGGGGGAAAGAAAUGUUUUUCACCGGAAAUUCCACGCUGUUGUUUUAUCGAUCCGCGCACCAUCGGAAGCGUCUCUUCGUAACAAAUCCAACUCGCCAUAUUUGACUUAAAAACCAAGUAGCCAAUAGUAAGAUCUGAGGACUCCUUUUAAAACCUUUUUUUUUUUUUUUAAAAGAUAUCCGCACCCGAAGCGACGGAACUGAGAAUAUGAACACAAUUUAAAUAGACGAUAACGAAUAAGUGAUGAAAUUAAGUAAAAUAAUAAUACGUAUAUUACUCAUACGCAUGCGCAUGUAUAAAUAUGUUCACGUAAAUACAUUCAAAUAAUGUGCAAAACACCACGUGUAACGUGUGUAAUAACGGAAAGAAAGAAAGAAAAAGAAAAAAAAUGAAACAAGCGUUUUACCCCGGUCCUUGUUUUUACAUGAAAUGUUUUAGUAACGAUGUUACAUUAUCCUUAACUACUCUGCGGAAUGUUUACAAAUUGGCAAACAAUCGGACUCAAAGUCCGCGUUGAAAAUUCGAUUGUAGUUCAUUUCAGGCUAAACGGCUAUUCUCUUUUGUCUACGGAUGAAAUUGUCUAAUUUGUCCGUAAAUAAUUUGUCACAGAUGAAAAAUAUUUCGCACGUGCAACGAAGGAUAAUCGUAACUAAAAUCGUUUCGAAACAUUCGUCGUGUCAUACGAAUGAAUAAUUAAUGAAAUCAAUGCUACACGAAAAGCUUAUUCAAACGUACGUAAGAAGAAAAAAUAGGUGAAAUAUUUCAGUCUUUUGCAAUGAAUCCGUAGUAUUUCUUUAAGAAUAAAAAAAGACGAUGAUUUUAAAAAGAAAUUUUUUUUUUUUUUUCUUUUCGAGAAAGGAGACGACGGCGCCAAAUUAUAAAAAAACCAGCGACGGUACUUACAACAGGCGAUAUGUAAUUAUAUCGAGAUUGUUGAUUAAUCGUUGAUUCGCAAAACGAGACCAGUGAUGAUUUUUUUUUUCUCGUACGAGAAAACACACACGUUACAUUAUAAAUACAAUAAAUUACUAUUAAAAUUAAAAUUACAAUUAUUAUUAUUAUUAGUUAUGAAAUAUCAUUAUAACAUUAUCAUUGUUAUAUUGUCAUUAUUAUUUUAAUUAAUAAUAUUAUUAUUGAUAUCGUUAUUGUUAAUGUUAUUAAAUUAACAGUUAUCAUUAUUAUUAUUACUAAAAUUACUACAUUAUUAAUAAUGAAUUAUUAUCGAUAAAAAUAUAUGAAUUAUAUUAUACAUAUAAUAUAUGCAUCUGUAGUACCGUAAAUUGCAUCGGGAGAAUCAGCCGUAAUUGAAUUGAAAAAUUUUAGAACCGAGAGUUUCGGCGAGGAAG